AUGCUGUAUACAUGCGGGGAGUGCAGGGAAAGCUUCUGGGGCCAAGAGGUGCUCCAGGCACAUAAGGGAACCCACAGAAAGGAGGCAGCCCACCCCUGCUCUGACUGCAGCAAGAGCUUCCAGUAUAAAUCCUGCCUCCUCACCCACCAGAAGACGCACUCUGGGGAGCGCCCCUACCCCUGCCUGGUGUGUGGGAAGAGCUUCCGAGAUAAAUCCUAUCUCCUCAUCCAUCAGCGAACACACUCUGGGGAGCGCCCCUACCCCUGCCAUGACUGCACCAAGAGCUUUGCCCGCCCAUCCCAGCUCUGCGUCCACCAGCGCCUCCACACUGGGGAGGAGCCAUACCGUUGUCCUCACUGUAAAAAGACUUUCAGGCACAGCUCAGCUCUCAGUCAGCACCAGCGCAUCCAUAGUGGGGAGAAGCCACAUCACUGUGCCCAGUGUGGAAAGAGCUUCCGCUUCCAAUAUCCCUCCAAGCUCUGCGUCCACCGGCGCCUUCACACAGGGGAGCAGCCAUACCAGUGCACUGAGUGUGAGAAGCGCUUCAACAGCAUCUCUGACCUCCAUGUUCAUGAACGCGUGCACACAGGAGAGAAGCCUCACCAUUGCCCGGACUGUGGGAAGAGCUUUUCCCGUUUGUCCCACCUCAGAGGGCACCAGAGCAUUCACACAGGGGAGAAACCACAUGGUUGUGUUGAUUGUGCAAAGAGCUUCGAUAGCCUGUCCAAGCUCCGAGCCCACCAGCGCAUGCACACUGGGGAGAAGCUGUACUGUUGUCUGGAGUGUGGGAAGUCCUUCAGGUCUAGCUCUAAUCUUGCUCAUCACCAGCGAAUCCACAGACGAAAUCCUCACACCUGA